CCAACAUUCAGCAGGAUGCGGGAGAGCUGUUUCAUACACUCUUCAACUUACUGCUGGACCAGCUACACAAUCCACAAAUAUCUGCAGAAAUGAAGGCUCUGUAUGAAAUCAGAGUGGAGCAGUUUGUGAAGUGUCAGGUGUGUGGUGUUGUGAGCGAGAAGCAGAGCCGCAUGAUCAGCCUCCCUCUGCAGGUUCCUGAAAACCAUCCACAUCUUAAUCUGGAAAAGUCUCUGAAAAUGUUUUUUCAGCCUCAGAAUUUAACUCAAAGAAACGCAUGUUUCUGUUGGAAAUGUGAGAAGAGAACUGCAACACUACAGGGCUUCAAGCUGUUUUCGCUGCCCUCCAUUGUAAACUUCCACCUGAAUCGGUUCUGCCAUCGUUUGGACGGUUUCACACGUAAAAUCAACAGCACACUUGAAUUCGAUGAAAUUCUGGAUCUCAGUAAAUUUCCCAUCUCAGAAAAGGUCCUGAGCCAGAGAAAGAGCCAGAGUUAUUGGCUAUAUGAGCUGUUUGCAGUAAUUGUCCACAUGGGAUCGGCAAACUUUGGACACUACAUAGCAUACGUGAAGUAUUUUGAAGAUAAAAAGUGGUACCUCAUUGAUGAUUCCUCCGUCCAUUCGGUGCAAUGGGAAGCUGUAAAGGAGACCUUUGGCUCCAAAAGGGGUCAGACUGCAUAUUUGCUGCUCUAUAGGAAAGCAGAGCAAGAUGCAGGUGCCAAUACCCACUGAGUUGAUGGACGUAAAGGCUCUUGCUAUUCUGAAAAACCGAGAGUCUUUCACCAGUCGCUGAUUCUUCCUGCUUUGAGAAUGAAGAUUCCUGUAUUCUGCUGGUUAUGGCCAGCAGUUUAGCUUCACAACUAUGACUACAUCAUUUCAUCUGUCUGAGGUGCAGCUGCUGUUUCUCAUCUGUGUUUCAGAGUGCAGGGCUCUGCUGUUUCUGAGCUAAUGCCCAGGACUUUAGAAUAAAUUGGGAAUAAUUACAAGUAGGUGAGGCAGUGGAUGGUUACAACAACAACAAGAUUCCAUUUAUAGAGCCCCUUUCACGUCGGGAGGACGUCCCAAGGAGCUGAAAUACAUUAAUAAAUACAUUUGAAUAUUGGGGGAACCUUCAUACCUGAUUUGUACAUUUACGAAUUAUGAAUUUAAAGCUUUUGCUGGUCUUUAAUCCCACAAGGCAAUUGCACUCCUUGUCUUUCAAACCCACUGUGAAAAGGUGGAUUGAGAAUAUCAGUGAAUGAAGAGUCAGUGAAUGAAGAUGGUGGCUUGAGAUAAAUACAGUCGUGGUAAAUGUAUUGUGUGGGAAUAAUGGUGAUAUAGGUGGUUGGUAGAUGAUACAUUGCUGAAGUUCAAUAAAGACGGAAUGUUUUAACCAA